UGUGCCACUGCUAUGUUGAGUUAUGUCCGGCAAAGAAAACGAAUCGAAACCAUUGAAAGAUGAAGACGAAGAAGAAGAAGACCCGUACGAUGCGAGAAUUAAUCGCUCGGGGUGUGCGCAGUAUCAUUUUGCCCUGCAGGACUGUUGGCAUGAAUACCAAGACUGGCGAAAAUGUCAAAAGCCGAUGAAGGAUUUCCGAGACUGCAUGGCAAGGCAACAAGCACAGGAGAAGGAAGGAAACAACAAUAAAAGUAAAUCAUAAAAGCAAAUCCCACAGUGACAGUUAGCUUGUGGGUUAGAAUGUAAAUAAUGCACCUUGAACAAUACAUAGAAAUUAACUCCCAUGGUGUUACUUUUUACCACCGCAUGGAAGCUUUGUAGAAUAUUCAAAAUUUUGUCUGGAAUGUAUAAAACAUGAUUAAAACACAAGGUAUUUUAGCUGCUAUGUUUUUGUUGAUUGUUUUUAUUUUACUUUUUUUUGUUGUUGAUUGUUUUUUUUUUUUUGAAGGACUUAUUUUAUUUUGCUUUGAUGUUUUGAUUGAGGUCUUUCACCACCAAGAAAUGUAAAAUUUGGUUUUAUUUUGAUAUUACCACUGUUUCAUUAUUCUGUGACUUUAUCUUCAAAGUUGUCUGGUGUGGUUUACAAAGAAAAAAAUAUAUAUAUAUAUGCGAAUGGAUCGUGCUAUUUGAUAUACGAAAUAAUAUUCGAAUCAUGAAAUAUUCGGAGUAAUCGUAUUUUCAUUUUGGAAAAUAUAAUAAUAUGCAAAUUGUUGGCUUGGGGACCCUUAUGGUAAUCGAUAAUCGAUUAACUAAACAACCGGUGAAAUACAGUGCCAUCCCUCAGCUGUGCUGGGAUAAGCAAGAUUUUCCUCGACCUCUCCUCGCUCUAGGCAUCGCUGGGAUUCAUGACUGGCACAUAUAAUACUCAUGAAUGCGCCAGGAUAAAGCCUAGAUGUCAUGGCGGUAUAUUAGCGUUGCGUGGAAAGGGUGAAGGCGUUCGCUGUUUUGAUGGAGAGAUGAGAGUGUUUGGCGGAUGAUACCAUGAUUCCCCGUCGCUGUCAGCGCCUUGCGAGGACAUUAUGAGCGAUAUUCCCCAGGCCUGGGCUCUUAUGAGUCCCAGUGGACAUUACUACAAGGUCUGCGAGCCUAACUUCUUUAUCGGAAGAGAUGAGAAUCUGGAUUUAACGCUGAAGUCUCGAAGUGUGGACAAAAAACACGCUGUCAUAGCGGUCAGAGAUGGGCGCUAUGAAUUAUACGAUAUGGACUCUUUGAAUGGGACUUUUGUGAAUGAUCGGAGAGUCAAGGGCAAGCCGGUUCAACUUGGUUUGAGGGAUACUGUGAGAUUUGGAUAUGAUAUGACAACAUAUAGAAUAGACCUAUAUCCCCAGGACAACCAGCCCCACCCUACCCGGGACAGUCUGACGUACCCUGAGGGUCAUCAUUAUUGUGAUGUCAAUCAGAACCAGAUCAAAAGAAAUGAUGAAAAAGGUUAUGAACCCAGGGAUGGGUUCCAAAGGCAGCAGUCAUCUGAACAGACGAGCUGUACCCAGCCUGAAUCCAGUAAUCCACAGCAAACCCCUCCACGUGAAAUGCAAUACCACACCCAACCAAUGUACCCCCCGACCCGCCAUAUGAUAAAUCACCAUCCUGCCCACUACCCCCCACAUGGAUAUGCCCCGCCUUACCACCCAUCUAUAUCACAGCGGCAUCACUGUCCCUGUCCACAGUGCACCAUGGAUCCAACAAACCCCCAUGGUAGCCAUGGCGAUCAUAUGGUUCCUGGGUAUUAUGGUUACCAUGGCUUCCCUUAUUAUGGACCUGUGCAGCAAAACAUCGAACGGCCCACUAUGCCAGUGGAAUCUUUGAUAUCUACCAGGCCACAUCCUGAGCAAAGGCCAGUGUCAGUGCAUGGUGAUCAGUAUGAAUCCAUUGUUAAAGGCGGUACCCCUUUGUAUGGGCAGCCUCCCUGGUGGCGAUGGGGCCCUGGCGAUGACAGUCUUCGUGGGGGGACUGCCGUCAGUCUUUCUGACAGGGGUGACUCAAUGGCAUCUCAACACAUGGUCACUAUGCGACCACAAAGACAUAAUGAAGACCAGUAUAAGAGACACACUAUUGGGACUGUUGCUGUCCUUGAGGAUUCACAUGAGAGAGUGCUAUCACAGGUCACACCAUGGCAAAAUUACCAUUCAUUAUCAAGUAGCCCCAGAAGAGAGACUAUUCCUGCUCGUUAUGACAGACCAGACAAAGGUGCCUGGGAGUAUGCCAUGCACAGGGAGGCCAUGGAUGACAGAGGGCAGUUUGAAGAUUGUGAUACAGAACAGAAAAGACAAAAUGGCAGACAAAAUCGUCAGUCCAUGGCAUUUGAGAUUCCCAUCAUUCCUGAGUAUGGUGAGAUCCCUGAGAAGCCUGUGAGUGAGAAGCCAACACGACUGAAGGGGAGCAGUAAGAGUGACAAGAACAGAGCAAUCAUCCGCAGCAAGACAAUCACCAAGAGCAGGCCCAGGCCCUUGUCAGACACAGAGACUUACUCUAAGAAAAAAGGAGCUGGGCGUCGUCUGUCAUCAGUCAGUCAAAGGGGUGAUACAAGUGAGUCUGAAUGUGAGCGCAGUUUCAGAGGGAAGCGAUCUUCCCCCUCAGAGGCUGAUGGUGUAUUUGGCCUGACAGAGAUCGAUCUGGACAAGGUGCCCAGUAAUGGCCAGGUAUUGUCCUCGCCUGGCUCCAUGGUGUUACCCAAAUGGGUGGAACAGUGGGCCAGGACCAUGCAAUCCGGAAAUGGAGGAAAGGAAAGCGCAAGCUCACCUAUCUCAAGACCAGAGAGUGACGGGCGCACUAGGGGCGUGUCAACUGGGGCCAACAAUACGCAAGACUCAAGGUCAUCCACACCUCGCACACCAAGGUCAACCCAAAAGUCCUCUACUUUGGAUAGACGACGCACGGCCUCACCUGCUUCUACCCAUAGCAACACCAGAUCCGCGACAUUACCAAGAAGCUUCCGUAAUCGUACACACGCAACCUUGCGCUUGCGUAUGUCUGCCGGAAGUGACGCGGACACGAGAAAAAACCUGCGUGCUCGUAGCAUGGUGAGCACGACCUCCGACGAUAGUGAGGGCGAGAGGAGUGACACGUCCUUCAGUAGCCACCAGACCACCCCUGAGAGGGAGGGCAGCGUGACCAGGCGCAUCGCACAUAGGCCAACGUCAGCCCCUGUCACCCUCCCACGGGGGAACAAGACUACCAUGUUGCGUGCGCAGAACAGCCGCGAAGCUCUUAAAACGAAUAGCAGCUCAAAGGCGAGCAAAGCUAAGCAAAGGCACUCUUCCGGCGGUAGCCUAAGUGACGACAAGACCUCUCAUGCCAGAAUAUGGACCCCUGGUACGACGAAGACAAAACCGACGACGCCCACAAGCUCGCAUAAGAUGUCAAGCAGAAGUAGUACAGCGGAGGAUGUCCAGCGCAGUAAGGGUUUGUCUCAGGCGGAUCUAGACACCCAGGCUGCGGUGGAGGCGCUUUUUAGUGCUUCACUUCCGGCGGACUUUCGGAGUAGCAGGAACGAGUCGACAAAUAAGACAUUUGUUUUAGAUGAGGGAGACCAGCAGGCUAACAUGUCGUCAUCCGAAGACACUGCGCAAGAGGAGCCAGACAGCACAAGGAGAUCAUGUGAUCCCCAUAACGCACAUGAUCGCAACACAGGGAGCUCGUCGUCUUCCGAUGUAGACAAGUCCUCCUUGAUAAAAGCACUCACGAAGUUUCAAAACGACAAGUCUAACUCCUCGCUUCCCACGUGGUCCAGGUCGCCUGACCAUAAACAAAAAAGCAUGGAAAAGUCUAGAACUCCGAAAACAGUGGAUAAAUCCGUGAUUCCAAGAAAUCUGGAAAAUGUUCUUGGAAAUUCUCAGCAGGACAAAAAUGCACUCAGACCUGUGUCCCCGGACUCUUUGGUGUCAGUGCCACCAGCCGCCUCACCCUCCCCUCCCUCCACGCCACGCUCGUCCGCUAAGAAGGCCCUGAAGGACAGAGUGCAUAGCUGGUCAGCGGGCUCCUCCCAGUCAAGGCGCACAUGGGAUGUCACGGAAAAGCCGGUGGAGGAUCUCAUGCUGGCGUCCAUUCACGCCUUCACCGUCGAGCUGCGCUUGGCUUCGGAGUCAGCCUUAUCCAAAGUCAGAGCGCUGUACGAGCAGAAUACUCAUGGCAGUAACGGUGUUGCCAGUGGCAACAAGUCAUCCACAGCGGGCUCUGAGGAAAAGCACACGAGCUCUAUUCCCGACUGGAAAAGCUCGCACGCGGAGAUAGCGGGGGUUUUCCGAAACUUGAGACGCGUGGAAUUCAGUCUAAAGACAAUGGAUCAAGCGCUGAGUGUACUGUGCACCGAGCCUGCUGACGAGGUUCCCAAGGAAAGAAAAAUCAGUGUAGUUGAGCGAGUGAAUAAAAGCCCCCAUAAAUGGCAAGAUUUCAAAGUCCGCGCUCGCAAAGCCUCUUGGGCUGUUGAGCAUCGAGACCAGUUCCCAGUUCCUUCAUCCGACGAAGAUGACGACACUAGCUAAAGACUAGUGACUAGUUCCAGUCACCUUUUCCGACAAUGAUAAAGACACUGGUUGAAGACUUGUUAUGUAGCUUCCACAUCACAGAACAAUUAAAAGAAUCCACAAAGGUGUUGAAAUAAUGCCUGCAAUCACCAUAGGGUCAAAUGUCUACAGCCGUUUGCAAGUAAUGGGCACAGAGAAAUUGAUUCUCCAUGCCGGCUAGAAUUAUUAUUAUUUAUGUUCCAAAGAAGUUUCCAGAAACUGAUGUGAUCUUUCCGUUGACAGAUGAGACGACGGAAAAUAUUUAACUUAUUGAACCGAAAUAUCAAUAAACUACGACGAAUGUUCCGCGAA